CGCCUCAUCCAGCCCCUCGCCUUCCACACUAACCUACAUUACUGCGACCGGCUACUGUAGAGGAAGGGCAUGGUUUGGAUAAAAUACGCGUGAAGGAAGACUCUAAAACUAAAAAGAUGACGUGCGACAACAGCCCGAUCGCGGAGCCCUCGGGUGGCGACGUGAAGCUGAAGGCCAAGAUGUCGCUCCUCAACGGGAUCACCGUGAUCGUGGGAUCCAUCAUCGGCUCCGGGAUCUUCGUGUCGCCUACCGGAGUACUCCUCUACACCGGAUCGGUCAACUCGGCCCUUGUAGUGUGGCUGGCCUCUGGUCUCUUCUCCAUGAUCGGAGCCUACUGCUACGCAGAGCUGGGCUGCAUGAUCUCGAAGACCGGAGCGGACUACGCCUACAUCAUGGAGACUUUCGGUCCGUUCUUGGCCUUCAUCCGGCUGUGGACGGAGUGCAUGAUCGUCCGUCCCUGCUCCCAGGCCAUCGUGGCCCUCACCUUCAGCGUCUACGUCCUCAAGCCCGUCUUCCCGGAUUGCGUCCCUCCGGAUCCGGCUGUGCGUCUCCUCGCUGCCAUCUGUAUAAUGCUGCUCACAUUCAUAAACUGCUAUGACGUCGGUUGGGCAACGAAGGUUCAGGACUACUUCACGUUUGCUAAGUUGUUGGCGCUUUUCAUCAUUAUAUUGGCUGGGAUAUAUCAGCUCACUAAAGGUGAGACCCAGUACUUCACCUGGGAUAACUCCAAGACGGAAGUGACGUCACUAGCGCUCUCCUUCUACUCCGGCCUCUUCGCCUACAAUGGAUGGAACUACCUGAAUUUCAUAAUUGAGGAGUUGAAGGACCCUACGAAAAACCUGCCGAGGGCCAUUGCUAUAUCCUGUGCCCUCUGCACCCUGGUCUACGUGAUGACCAACGUCGCCUUCUACACCACACUGUCCCCGAGGGAGGUCCUGGAAUCUGAAGCUGUUGCAGUGAGUUUCGCUAGCAAGCUGUUCGGUUCCGUCGCUUGGACUAUACCAGUCUUCGUAGCCAUGUCAACUUUCGGAGCAGUCAAUGGCAUAUUGCUCACUUCUUCGAGAUUAUUUUAUGCUGGUGCUUGUGAAGGUCAGAUGCCUGAAAUUUUAACUAUGAUUCAAAUUAAUCGUAUGACUCCAGCUCCUGCUGUUCUAUGUAUUGCCUUACUUUCAUUGGCGUACUUGCUAGUCUCUGAUAUUCUGGCCCUUAUUAACUAUGUAGGGUUUGCUACAUGGUUGAGCAUUGGCGUUGCGGUGUUGUGCCUUCCUUGGCUGCGGUGGAAGCAACCUAAUUUACCCAGGCCAAUCAAAGUGCACCUUAUUUUUCCAGUCCUGUAUAUACUUUGUACAUUGUUUGUUACUAUAGUUCCAAUUAUGGCCAGUCCAGUCGAGACAGGAAUUGGUUGUAUUAUGAUUCUCACCAGCAUUCCAGUUUAUUUGAUUUUUAUCAAAUGGAAAAACAAGCCACGAUUCUUUACCGAUGCUGUUGGAAAAGUUACUCAAAUCUUGCAAAAAGCAACCAUGUCAGUGGCGCCGAUGAAGAAGAGUUAUCAAAAAAUGACACCUUCUAGUUGUCAACCCAGGAGAUGAUGAUGUCCAUUUUUAGCUACUUUGUGGUUUUUCGUGAGUUGUACGAGAACCCUCCAAAAGUCAUUAUUUGUUGUUGGAAAACAACCAUCUGCGCAAGUUUAAUGAAGUUCCUAAUUUAUUUUAUUUUUUCUUUACAUUGAUUUUUAUUUGUAAAUUUUUUACUAUGAUAAAAACCAAUAAAAUUGGACAAAAAAGUGAAAAAAGAAAUUAUAAAAAGAAGUAAAAUAAAAUAUAAUUUUGCUUCACUACUCCAUAGCUUGUUUUUUUCUCAUUGAAAAAUUAUUCUUAUUAGCUAAUUGCAUUUUUAUAAUUUAAAUAUUAAAUUUAUAUAUUUAAAUGGUCAUAGCAAAUGAGUUAUUAGUUUUACAUGUACAUAGAUUAGGCGUUUAUGGUCUAAGUUGAUUUAGCAACUGUCUAAUCCAGACUCUAACAAUUGUGAAUAAACUGUUAAUUGUUAGGAAUGGAUUCACUUAUUGAAAAGCAUUUAUGAGACUAGUGUAAUUCUAAGAAUCUUAUUUCCAGUUUUUUUUUUAUAGAGCUCCUACAAAUUUAUAUUGUAUCAAUUUACUGAAACAGAAAUUAUGUAAUUUUUCUGUUUUAAUUUAUAAAUAAUUUUUAAUUAAGUUGCAGUCCCUGUAUAUGCCAUAAAUGUUUUAUGAAAUAUCCAAAACUCAAAACAUCUUGGCUUACUUAUAUAAGAAUAAUUUUCUUUUAUAUAUAUAUAUAUAUAUAUAUAUAUAUAUGUUUAACUAAGUCACUGACAUAAAUCUGAUUUACCAGAGUGAAAGUUUCAUGUCAAAUAAAACACUUGAGAUGAAGCCUGGUUGUUGAAAGGUGAGGGAGGGGGGGGGGGGAAACUUCAUGAUGCUAUAGCAUCCUUGAUAUGGAAAAGGAAGCAAUUUUAUAAAUGGCUAUUUAAUCCAUUAUUAUAAUUGUAACAGUGAAAGUUAAAUGAGUUUCUAGUUGUGAAUUAUUAUUAUCUUUGUUUGGAGCAUUAAGUGUAUAAAAUGUAUUCAAUGCUGUAUUUAAUGUGUAGCCGGGGGAGGCCGGGGGAGAAGGUGGGGAAAUUAUGCCGAGUUAAAAGUCCUACCAGGCACUGGGGUUUGAAAUCGUAAUUAUUUAUCCACCUCUAAUGCACUCAGGUUAGCAUGCUCAGCCAUCCUGCCCUCCAAGUGUCCAUUUUUUAAAAGUAUAAUUAAUUUUAACUAAUUGUUUAUACCUGACAUAACAAACUGUUAUCUAUUCCUGUUAGCAUUCAAUGAUGUCUGCUGAUAAUAAUCAUGAAAUAAACCUCCUUUUAUUUUAAAUUACUGCUAACAUUUAUAAACGAAACUAGAAAAGACCAAAUACUAAUCCAUAUCAAUUUAUAUUAAAAAUGAUUUUUUAAUCACUCAGUUUAAAUUACAGCAGUUGUACUCAUGAUUGCAAUUGCAGAUUUUUACAAAAGUUUUAGUGACCACUGUGAUAUAUUUAAAAUUGAAUAAAAUUUAAAAAGUUAAAUAUUUGUCAUCAUUUUAAAUAUUUAGGCCAGUUGCUUAAAUACAAUUUUUAUUUUAAACUAAGAUCUACCAUAUUGUCACUUUGACCAUAAUGGUAAUUUUUUUUUGUGGUUUCAUUUAUUAGUUUGAAGUUUCUAAUUAGCUAAAAUAAAUAUUUCAAGUAGUGAAUUUAUUUACAUAUUAUAUCAAUUCUGUUUAAAAUAAUUUUAUACAUUUUAAAUUUAAUAAUUUAAUUGUGUGCAAAGCUUAUUUUAAAUUAGGAGUUGGAAACUAGAAGUAAGUUUUUCUCAUUCAGGUUUUAUUUGAGAAUCUCCUAAAGUAAUUGCUUUGCUGUAUGCUUCUACUUUGCCUCUAAGUUAAAAAAUUAAAUGGGAUCACAAAGUCUAAAUAGGGAAAAAUAAAAAAAAAUAUUUUAAAUGUGAAAAAAUAAAUGUAUUCUCUUCUACUUUGAACAAUCUUCCUCAUUAUUUGGUUAUGUAUUGAAUUGUUUUUGAGAAUACUUUUCAACAUUUUACUUUAUAUUAAAUCUGUACUCUUUUUAUUUUCUCAGAUAAUAUAGAUUAGAACUCAAUAACUCUGAAUUAUUUCUCCUGUUUUAAUAAGUUAUCUUUCCACAAUCUUAAACAGUUGAUUUUAAUAUAUACACAUUUUUUUUUCUGUAAACACUAUAAACAAUGAAGAUCGUUAGUCCCGCCAUGUUGUUUUCUUUUAGAUGUAUAUUGCUUGUGAGAGUACAGGUAGUCUGGAGGGGGUCUCCCAACCUCAUGCUACGGACCAUGUUUUCUAUGGUGCAGCAUCAGGUCAUCCAUAGCUCCAUAGCCGAUCCCCUGGGGAACAAUCUAACAAUGUCCUCAUCAAUUCGCUUAGGUUUAAGGACAGUGAUAAAUCAGUCCGGGUCCACCGAUUAUGGCUGCUCAAAUUUAGCUGGUGCACUAUGAUCUAUAUUUCUUUCCCUGAAACAAAUUUUGCAAGGAUCAAACCUCUGAAGGGUUACUAUCAUCCGGGGGAAACCAUAUUGUGAAUCCCAGUUAAAGUACAUGGGAUAGGGUCAACACUCGUACACUCGGUUGGUGUGUGCUCCCUUCAGUAGGCUGACAGGUCUCACGAACCCAGGGGAGUAGGAAAUGCUGAGCGAUGUUGGGUAGUCAUCCCUUUAAGUACUUACCAUGCUCGUUGUUUUUUUAACUUUAAUUAUCUACUGAAGUCCCCAUGUUUACAAAUUAAAAUCAUUAAAAAAAAAGAAUGUGUUAAGUGUUUUAUUCAAUACUUAUCCAUCAAAAGUGGCAUAUAUAAGGUAAUGUCUUAUAACUUAUUAGUGAACUGUAAUACUAUAUUGUCUUUUAUUGAGAUAUUUUUAGAAUACUUAGUCAAAAAAUUAGUUUCUUCACAUGAGAAAUUUUGUUUAUUUAUGGUUUGAGAAUAUAAUUUUUUUUUAAAUAUUUAAUAAAAUACAUUUUCUGUAUGUGCCAAAGCUUCCGACGAGAUUAUAUGAUACAUCUGAAGCAAUAUGGAAAUUUCCAUUGUUUCGAAGGCUGUAAAGAAAAAAAAUUUGUUUUAGGUUUAAGUUGAAAUUUAUAAAAGACCUUCCAACAUAUCAUGGAAAACAUUGUAUUAAGUUAACUUAUUGUAUUAAUAUGAUUCAUUAUUAGUUACUUAAAUGUUAAUUGUUAAUCGAUUUUGAACUCAAAAAGUUAUCUAGUUUACUCAAGAUUUGUUUCAAUGUAGUGAUUAUUAUAUAGGUAUACUUAUAUUAUAAAAAAAGACCACCAGACAUUUAUCAGUGUAUUAGGAAACAUUAUUAAAAAAUUGUUUUUCUUUUAUAUUUUUUUAAAAUUCGAUAGACACAUAAAUAUCUCAUAAUAUUAGUGUGUAUUGUUAGAAUUUUAAUUAUUUUUAUUCUUAGAAAAAGACACAAAUUAUUCAUAUUUUUUCAUGUUUUUAAUGUAGACAAAAAUUUGUAAAAGUUGAUAUAUUUUAUGUAAUACUUUAAGGGAAAAAACAUUCAACAUAUAUGUAGGUAUAUAAUAACAUAAUUUAUUCAGGGAGCCUUUAAUGUAAGAAGAAUAAAUUUAGCCUGUAAUCAUUCUUAAUGUUAUUGUAUAACCACUGUUUAAGUACUGGUAUUAUAUCGAAUAUUGGCAGGAUUUAUUUUUUUUUUAAUGUGAGAGAAUUAUUUUCAAAUAAAUUAUAUCAAUUUAUGCCACAAUGAAAUUAUAAAAAUAUAUCUUAGUGGUAUUUCCUUACCCAGUGCUGCUAAGGAAUGACAAAAAAAAAUUAACGUUGCUUGAUUAAAUCAAAGUUUGCUGAAUAGUUUCAAAUUUUAUUGUUUUAUAUUUAGAGAGAGAGAUAAACAUUUAAAAAAAUAUAAAUUGAGUGUAACAUUGGUUUUAUUUCUCACUCUGUAAAAAGUGUUGAUUUUUUAUUCUGGUUUAUUUUGUUUUCUGUUAUAAUGUUUUUUUUUCAUGUAACAUUAUUAUUUUAAAAAUAUUUUGGAAUGAAUAAUAGGCUGACUAGUGUGAAAUUUCUUUACUUUAAUGGGUAUAUAUGGUGUGAAUGUGUUCAUAUCUCACCAUAAUUAUUGUACAUGUGACAAAUUAUUUCUAAAUAAACGAAUAAAAGAGUUCGUUGAACUAAUGUUGAAUGGGUUCUUAAUUCACUUAAUUAACUUUUGCAUUUAAUUAAGGCAGUCAAGUACUUUUAGGAUGAAUCUACAUUAACCAUUUAAACAGAAACAAGGUAACUUAACUGUUAAACAUGUUUUAAAAAAUAUUUUAUGUUAAAUACUUUUUAUUGGGACUGAACGGUUUGCACAAAACUAAUAAAUAUGAUUGAAACAUUAGGCAUACUAUAAUGUAUUAUAGACCAUCUCUCUAAGAAGACUGGGUAUGAGAACUUACAUACUAGAUGAAGGAAUUUUUACUAAGGAAUUUUUUUUUCUAAGUUUGUACCUGGUAUGUUUAUUUUAUGAUUCGCUUCAUUUUGUGUUGAAUAGUUAUUUUUUAAAGUAAAAGUACCCUUCAUUCUAAUAUAUAUGUUUAAUUAAUUUUUUUUUUUGAAUAAUUUAGAAAAUAAAAACAUCCAUUUUGCUUUUUGUUAGAUAUUUUAUUUAGAACAAUUUUGUUUGAGGAGUUAGAUAAUCUCAGAGUUAUGUUCCAAAUUUUAAAAUUUUAAUCUAGUAAUGAUUUAAUCGUGAUUGAUGAUUUAUGAAACAGAGCAUGUAUUUAUUAAUUUUCUUAUAAAAUAUGUUACAAAAACAUAGUUUUUCUGCCAAAUAUGGGUUUCAUAAUCGAAACUAAAAUUGGAUCAAUAGCACAAAUUAUGGAACAUAGUUGACCUGAGGAAAGUGAAUUCAAAAUAUAGGCUAUAAUGAAGUAAUAUUUUUCCAAAUUUCUUUGGAAAAAAUGACAAUAUUGCGUAUAUCAAUAAGUAUCUAUUCUAUCUUAGAAGUAUUUUAGAUAUAGCACUUAAGUGAACCAUUAGAUUCUAUGACAUCUAUUAUUUAUGAAAUAAAAGAGUAAAAUAAAAUUAAUCUACCAGUUAACUUGUCAAUAUUUCAUUUGGUUUUAUCUUAAAACUACUGUUUUAUUUAAUAUUAAUCUUUUUUUGAAUAUUUUAUCAGUUCAAAAUACUUUAUUGGAAAUAUUAAUGUUUUAAAAUAAUUAUUUUUUAAGAUUUAGUUUUAUAUGUUGUUUAAUAAACGAGCAACUUCAGUUUCAGUUUUUAAUACUUAGGAUAGACAUUUUUAGAAUACCGACUGAAAUUUGUAUUAUCCCCUUCACACAACAGAGCUAUUGAAAAUAAACCGUUUAACAAAAAUAUAAAUAAAAUAAAACUCGUUUCAAAAUUAUUACUGUAUUGAUUGUUUUUAACUAGCUUAGAAUCCUAACUUGAUCUUAUAUUUGUUAAAUUUUGCACAUUAUAAUUUUAUCUUUUAAAAAAUCAAUAAAAUGAACUGAUUAAUUUAAAAUGAAUCUUUUAUUAUACCAAUCAGUUGUGUUGUUUGGGGGAACCAAAUCAUAAACCAAUUCGUAACUUUUCAUAAACUCAAAUUAUUAUCCCAUGCACUGGGAAUAGCUCUCCUUAGAAUAUAUUUUGAAGAAAUGACUGAACUGAAUCGAACGAAUCAUUGUUCUUCCAUUGAAUGAAAUAUAACAUAUAACUAAUUAUAAUAGAAGUGGUAAUAAUAAUAAAUUUUGCUCCAUUCAUCUUAAAACAUUUUAAUCUUUUGUAAUGUAUGGUUUAUUAACAGAAUUACUUGAUCAUACAUUCAUUUUUAAUAUAAUUAACUAAAAGUUUAGUUUAAUUAUUAGUUGUAGAUGGCAUAAUCGCUGAAAUUGUGUGAAAGCAAUGCUUAAUAUAAUGUAUUUUGUAUACCUAUUUUCAUUUAUCACUAUUAAUUUUUAUAAUGAUUUGUAAAUAUUUAAGUGUGUUUUUAAAAUUAAGGUCAUAAUUAUAAAAAUUAUAUAUUUAUUGAUUUUUUAAGGUUUUUGAUUCUGUUCGAUAUUUAGGAUUUUUUUUUUAUAUAUAUUACUUAUUAGUAAGUUAUUUUUAUUAUCAUUUGUUACAAUUUAUCUUAAAACAAUAUUAAUGGCUUGAUUAAGAUUAAUGUAAGUGUUAUAAUAUGUUUUAAUAGAUGUUUAUAAGAUAAGUUGGUUGGCAUAGCUUUGAAUUCGUAAUCGGACAAUAAAAACUCGAACUGUAUUUAUUAUAAUAUGUGUGCAUAAUAUAAAAUAUAAGCAGUCAAAAAACUAUA